CAAUAAUAUCAAAGUAUACUAAUUGUAAGGUCACUCAAAACUGUCUUUAUCUGUUUCAAAGUCAAUAUGAAUGAGUCAAAGAGCAGUGCCGGAGUUGAAUGUUGAAUUUUUCUUUAGUGCUAUGGGAUUGUCCUUUUCGGAAAUGGAUUGAGUGCAGUCGUCCGAGAGUACAAUCAAGCUGUAGUCAACAAUUCAGUCAUCUAGUAAAAAUCAGACCGCUCAGAUUUUAAUACAGUUUUAUUUUUUAGAAAUACAAAAAUUUGGACUUUGAAAUUUGGAUGGUUUGAUUUCGAUUGAACAAUCACGAUAACACUUACUGCAUACAGUCAUGGGUAUAGACUGCAGCAAAUCCGAAUACGUCUUUUUCGAAGCGUCAAAAUAUUUUAGCCAACUUUCUUGACUUUCACCACUCACCACCAGUAUACAUUAUAAUAUUAAGGACAAAUUUUUUAAUUACAAUAAAGGAGAAGAAUGGUUCUUUGUGUUCUACUAUUAUCUUCAUGUGAUGAUAGUUCUGGACUUUGACUGAUUCUUUUUUUGAAUUUCAUUUUUUUGACUAACUCUUGAUAUAUAUUUCAUUUUUUUAAUUUCAUUUUUUUUGACUAAUUCUUAAUCUAUAUUUCAUUUUACAGCAUUCUUUGACUGAUUGGUUUCUAUUAUCUUCUAUCUAGUUUUUCCCUCUCAGAGAGCUUGCCAUAAUAUAAUUAAAAUUAUUCUAAGAUUCAAGAGUGAUUCCCUUCAACAUGUCACUGUUCACAAUAAUCCUUGCACUGCUGCUGUUAGUGAACCUUGAAAAUGGUCUGAGUGAUGCUUCCAUUGAAUGUCCUUUCAAGCUUAACUGUACACAUAACAAGAAGUUUCUUGAACUUCCUGCUCAUCCAGUCCCUGUCAACCUCAUAAUCACUCACAUUGAUUAUAUAUACCGAUUGUUGUAUCUAUCAGAUCCCGGAAAUUGUUUACCGAAACUCAUCCUUGAUCACAACUUUUCAUCAAUAUUUCCGUUGAAGAACAGUUUUGAAGGAAAUAUUAGUUUCUUCAAUUGUUCUUCAGUAGUACAACUCAGAACAACCGAUUAUGUGAACCAGGGUGGGCUAGAUAUCAAAUCUUGUCCAAUUUAUGUUGCUGAUUCAGAUUACGAAAGUAUAGUUGAAUCUGAUCUUGUAUACUGCAUUAAAAUGUUUGACCGCGAAUCUUCAUUCUACAAACAAUCUGCACAGAGUAUUCAAAACAACCUACUCUCAUUUACAUGGGAAGGAACAAAUUUUGACAUACGAUGCUUGAAAUGUGAACACAAAUCAAAGAAGAAGAUUACAUUCAUUAUUUUAUCCUCUGCAGGUGUAAUCAUCGGUUCAACUCUGUUAGUGUUUGUCCUCGGUGCUAUUGUUCGAAUUCAUCUCCAUUUCAAGAUGAAAGGCGAAGAUCAUACAAGAAUCGAAAACUUUUUAAAGGAUUACAAGGCUUUAAAACCAACCAGAUUCUCCUAUGCUGACAUAAAGAGAAUCACAAAUAAAUUUAAGGAUAAGUUAGGCGAAGGAGCUCACGGAGCUGUAUACAAAGGUAAAUUAUCGAGCCAAAUUUUGGUUGCUGUUAAGAUGCUGAAUAACGCAGAGGGAGAUGGGAAAGAGUUCAUAAAUGAAGUGGGAACUAUGGGGAAAAUCCACCAUCUCAAUGUUGUCCGCUUACUUGGCUAUUGUGCAGAUGGAUUUCACCGUGCUCUAGUUUAUGACUUUUUCCCAAAUGGUUCGUUGCAGAAAUUCAUUUCUCCUCCUAGCAACAAAGAUAGUUUCCUUGGAUGGGACAAGUUGCAGCAAAUUGCUUUAGGCAUAGCCAGUGGAAUUGAAUAUCUUCAUCAGGGUUGUGAUGAAAGAAUUCUUCACUUUGACAUCAAUCCUCAUAAUGUCUUGAUAGAUGACAGUUUCAUCCCAAAAAUUACAGACUUCGGUUUGGCUAAGAUAUGCUCAAAAAAUCAAAGUAUUGUAUCUAUGACAGCAGCCAGAGGAACAUUAGGAUACAUGGCACCCGAAGUCUUUUCUAGAAACUUCGGAAAUGUCUCUUAUAAGUCUGAUAUAUAUAGCUAUGGUAUGUUGUUGUUAGAGAUUGUUGGCGGAAGAAAGAAUACAAACACAACCACAAAUGAAGAUAACUUUCAAGUUUUGUAUCCUGAUUGGAUCCAUAGUCUGCUUGAAGGAGGAGACAUACAAAUCCCAAUAGAUGAAGAGGGAGAUUUUAGAAUUGCGAAAAAAUUGGCAAUCGUUGGACUUUGGUGCAUUCAAUGGCAACCUAUGCACCGUCCGUCUAUGAAAACUGUGAUGCAAAUGUUGCAAGGAGAUGAAGACAAGUUAAAAGUUCCCUCCAACCCUUUUGGACCUACAACUUCAGCUAAUACAACUACUAAUGUUGUUGCAAAACGUAUAAACUUGGAGCUUGAAGUGAUUGAAGAAAUAGAUUAGAUAGUUUGAUUGUAUAAUAGAUAUAAUUACUGUCAAUGGCUUUCAUUUUUUAGCAAUGAAUGAUCAUAUUAUUUCUCAGUA